GCGUGCGUGCUGGGGCGCGAGCCCCGAGGCGCUGCUGCGAAACGCCGGGCUGCGGCCGUGUUCACUUUUGUACCUUCCCGCGCGAGCGCCGGCGCUACCAACGGAAGGCGGGAGGGGCGGCGCGCGAUUAAGCUGGCGGAGGCGCCGCCAUGAAGGUGAAGAUCAAAUGCUGGAAUGGCGUUGCCACCUGGCUCUGGGUGGCCAACGACGAGAACUGCGGUAUCUGCCGGAUGGCCUUCAACGGCUGCUGCCCGGACUGCAAGGUGCCUGGCGACGACUGCCCCCUGGUGUGGGGCCAGUGCUCGCACUGCUUCCACAUGCACUGCAUUCUCAAGUGGCUCAACGCGCAGCAGGUCCAGCAGCACUGCCCCAUGUGCCGCCAGGAGUGGCGCUUCAAGGAGUGAGGCGCUCCUGCCCAGCCAGGGUGCAGUGAGGACACGAGCUGGUUUGUUUUUCCCAUCACAACGCUGACACUUUUAUCCAAUAAGUCAAACUCAUUAAAUUACCUGAGCCCUG